UAAAUUUAAAUUAAACAAUUCGAAAAAAUUAUGAACUAUGAAAUCGAAGAUAAUUACGAACAUGCAGAAUCUCACAAGGUUUAUAUAAAAGAAAAUAUAGUUUUAGAAGAAUUGGAAACUGAAAAUUCACAAUUUUCUCAUGGUUGUUCGUGUUUGAACGAAUGUAAUUCUGAACAAAAUUGUGAAUGUUUUUCAACAUUUGGCGAAAAUUACAAGCAGAUUUAUACGGAUCAAGAAUCGAUAAGUAAUAAAGAGUACGUUUUAAAUGAAGACCGAUUCAAUUUACCAAUUUACGAAUGCAACGUUAAUUGUUCAUGUAAUAUAUACUGUAGAAAUCGAUUAGUACAGCAUGGCCCAAGAAAAAAUCUCCAAAUUAUUAAAUGUGAUAAUAAGAAAGGUUUGGGAUUGAUAACUAAACAAUUGAUUCGUCGCGGUAUGUUUAUUUGUGAAUACGCUGGAGAAGUAAUUACAAAAGAAAUUGCUGAAAUUCGAUUUAACGAAAACCGGAAACAUGAUCGUAUGAAUUACAUACUUGAAUUUAAUGAAAAUUUUGGAAAUGUAAAAUAUCGUACAAUUGUUGAUCCAAGUAUAUAUGGUAAUAUUGGACGUUAUUUAAAUCACAGUUGUGAACCGAAUUGUAGUUUAAUUUCAGUUCGUAUUAAUGAAUUCAUUCCAAAAAUAUGCAUAUUCGCAUCCGAAGAUAUACAUCCGAAUGAAGAAUUAACUUUUGACUAUGGAGAAUAUUUACCGAAUUUUGAAUCCAAACAACAUUUAACCAAAUGCCUGUGUAAGAAACCAAAAUGCCGAACAUGGCUACCUUUUUUAAUUUGA